GGCUCAAGCUCCGACACUCUCAUUGAGAGAUCCAAGUUGUGGUCAGUUCAACUUUUCUUGGCGCAGGUCAUUCCCUUUUUGCCAAGAUGAUUCGUAUCCUCAGUGUCCUCGCUGUUGCGGCAGUUGCAGUGCGUGAGGAGCUGAGCUCUCUGGUGGAGGUAGAGGUGGACGAGGAGAUGAAGCUGGUGCCUGCGAAGAUCAGCAAGGCCAUCCGCAGCUCCAUGCGCCGCACCGCGGAGGCGGUGAAGGUGGCAGAGGAGAUGAAGGCCAACGCCACGGCGGCCGCGGAGGCGGCCGAGGCCAAGGCCACCGAGGCGGACACUGAGCUGGAGAAGGCGAACAAGAUGAAGGCGGAGCUCGAGGAGGGCGCCCGGCAGCUGCAAGAGGUGCAGGCGAAGGCCCAGGAGAAGAUGCAGAGCAAGGACCAGGCCGCCGCAGCCUUCACCCAGGCAUCCGAAGAAGAGAAGACCAUGGCCGAUAACUAUGACGCCGAGGAGAAGAAGUACAACGAGCUAUCCGCCCGCGUGGCUGAGGAGAUGAAGCGGCUCGCGCAGCAGAAGACAGCGGCGAAUCUCGCCCUGGCGCAGCUGCGGAAGGCCUGGACCAAGCAGAAGGAGAACGUGGAGAAGUUGGCCUCCGAGACGGCGGCGCAGGGCAACAUCGCGCAGGCGGCCCUGCAGGAAGCAGAGGUGGCGGACGCGGCCUUCAGGGAGGCGGAGAACAAGUGCCAAGCGCAGAAAUCCGCGGCGGAGACGGCGCAGACGGAGGCAGCCAAAGCGCGGCAGGACUCUGGAUUGGCGAAGGACCAGGCCGCCGAGGCGGCCCAGGUGGUGCAGGACAAGACGGCCUUGAAGGACCAGAUCCUCGCGCUGCGCGACUCGGUGCAGACCUACUACAACGGUGUGGGGGAAAUGACCAAGUCUAUGGAGGCGACCUUGGAGGAGAACGAGGGCAAGGAGGGCGAUGCCAAGAAAGAGCCUUGGGAGCUCAUGCGCGAGGAGCCCAACGCCGCGAUUGUGAAGAAGACCAUGGUGGACUACAACAUCAUGGUGGGCCAAUUCCGCAGGCUGUUCUACGACGAGAAGAGCAUCUUCGAUAGCGUCGAGGGCAGUAUCACCGAGAUCAAGGAGAACGCCCAGGCGGCGCUGCUGCUGCAGUGCGACCCCAACGAGGAGCUGGAGCAGAAGGUGAUGAAGGCGACCGCCGACGAGGAGCGGACCGCGGCCAUGGCGGAGCUGAACCAGAAGUGCGGCAGUGGCCUGUGGGAGCACAACAGCCUCGAGAGGAGCAGCUUCCCGUCGGAGUCGUCUACCCCGGCCACGGAGUCCAACGAGGCAUCCACGACGGGAUCGACGGAACCCACGACGGAAGCCACGACGGACUCCCACACAGGACUCAUCCAGUUGGCCGAUCUGCGGGCAGCGCGCGAGAUCCGGCGUCACCGUGCGUGAGUUUUGCGGCCGGGCAGCCAUGCGGCCGGGAUCACGUUCGAAGCCUCGGACUCGUUUGCCGAGAGCCCGACGGUAGCUUUGACACCUCGAUCGAGCUGAGUUGCGAAAUCUCAGAUCGCACCUAUGCCUAUGCGGAGAA